AUGGCUUAUUCGCCUGAAGGCGCCGCUGUUAAUCGUCGGCAAAGUCUCGUUAGCCAACUUCCUGCUUCACCCCCUCCACUCGUUCUGCAGACCUCCGAUCCCUAUGUUCAGCAAAGGCUACAACAGUGGCGCCAGGACCUCGCGCAUCGCGAGUCUGCACAGAUUGAGCAGUUGGCAAACUGCGACGCGGAAUCAAUAUCUCCGUCCCGAACGCUUUCUCCAAGAGGGCCUAGCUACACAAAUGAUAUAUUGGAGGAAUACUACUUCGAAUCUGGCGACGAGUCCACGGCGCCUUCGGGUGAAUAUCAGGGCCUGGCUUGGCCAUGA